AUGUGGAAAUCCUUUGUUACCUCCUUCAACAAACUUUGGUUCGAUGAAGUAGAAGAAACUAGGAAACCUGCCCUUAAUGCAAAACCCAUAUACAGAGAUGAGUUAGAUCAGAAGAAUGCAUCCAAAAAGAAGGUGGAGAAGAAUUCAGAGAAGAAAAGCUAUGGUGGCAGUAGUAUUGAUAAGAAGGAGGUGAUGACAGUAAAGGUGAAGAUGACAAAGCAAGAAGCAGCUCGAAUGUUGUCCAAAUGCAAAGGUGGAGGGUUCCUUGACUUCAAGGACGUAGCGCAUGAGCUUGUGCUCAUACCACCAAAUCGUGUUACUGUUGUGUCAGCUGAUCAAGCUACAAUUGAUGGUCAAGUAUUGCUUAAGAGCAUCCCAGAAGAGCUUUAG